UGGCGGCUGUCCCUCUCCUUCUCAGGUUAGUCCGUUGGUGCAGAGCUCGAGAAGCAACAACUUUUCCAGUCACCGAAACAAAGUUCUUCGCUUUCGACAGAAAAUGAGGGAAAUUGUUCACCUGCAGGCCGGCCAGUGCGGCAACCAGAUCGGCGCAAAGUUCUGGGAGGUGAUAAGCGACGAACACGGUAUCGACCCGUCCGGGACGUACCACGGGGACAGCGACCUGCAGCUGGAGCGGAUCAGCGUUUAUUACAACGAGGCGACAGGUGGCAAAUAUGUCCCCCGUGCAGUGCUGGUGGACCUGGAGCCGGGCACCAUGGACUCAGUGCGGUCUGGUCCCUUUGGGCAGGUGUUUAGACCAGACAACUUUGUCUUUGGCCAGAGCGGAGCUGGUAAUAACUGGGCUAAAGGCCACUACACUGAGGGAGCUGAGCUGGUGGACUCAGUCCUGGACGUGGUGAGAAAAGAGGCAGAGAGCUGCGACUGCCUCCAGGGCUUCCAGCUCACUCACUCCCUGGGAGGAGGCACAGGCUCUGGCAUGGGCACACUGCUCAUCAGCAAGAUCCGAGAGGAGUACCCGGACCGCAUCAUGAACACCUUCAGCGUGGUGCCCUCACCCAAGGUGUCUGACACAGUGGUGGAGCCGUACAACGCCACCCUGUCCGUCCACCAGCUGGUGGAGAACACAGAUGAGACCUACUGCAUCGAUAAUGAGGCUCUGUAUGACAUCUGCUUCCGCACUCUGAAACUCACCACUCCCACCUACGGUGAUCUCAACCACCUGGUCUCAGCCACCAUGAGCGGCGUGACCACCUGCCUGCGCUUCCCAGGCCAGCUCAAUGCUGAUUUGAGGAAACUGGCUGUAAACAUGGUGCCCUUUCCCAGGCUGCACUUCUUCAUGCCAGGCUUUGCCCCUCUGACCAGCCGGGGCAGUCAGCAGUACAGGGCGCUGACAGUCCCUGAACUCACCCAGCAGAUGUUCGAUGCCAAGAACAUGAUGGCCGCCUGCGACCCUCGCCACGGACGCUACCUCACGGUCGCCGCCAUCUUCCGCGGCCGCAUGUCCAUGAAGGAGGUGGACGAGCAGAUGCUGAACGUGCAGAACAAGAACAGCAGCUACUUCGUGGAGUGGAUCCCCAACAACGUCAAGACGGCCGUCUGCGACAUCCCUCCACGCGGCCUCAAGAUGGCCGCCACGUUCAUCGGCAACAGCACGGCCAUCCAGGAGCUGUUCAAGCGCAUCUCAGAGCAGUUCACCGCCAUGUUCCGCCGCAAGGCCUUCCUCCACUGGUACACGGGAGAGGGCAUGGACGAGAUGGAGUUCACCGAGGCUGAGAGCAACAUGAACGACCUGGUGUCAGAGUACCAGCAGUACCAGGACGCCACGGCUGAGGAAGAGGGAGAGUUUGAGGAGGAGGGUGAAGAGGACCUGGCCUAGACCUCUACCUUCACCCUUUUCUUUCUAUGCAACAGUUAGGGCUGGACAAUAUCAUUGUAUGUAUUUGCGUUACGCAGAAAUGUAUUAGUUAUUGUCCAACCUUAGCAGGAGUGCAGAGGAUUCCUCCAGCCUUGGUUUCUGUCUGUUACAGGGCUUUUCUUCUCAUCCUGUCUCCUGUUUUAAAUAUGAAUGUGUUUGAUCUGUUCUUUUCCUUCUCUGUUUGGACGGUGUCAUCUAAACAUCACUCCCACGAGUGGCAAAUAUGCAGCAUUCAGCAUUUGUCUGUCAGAAAACAAAGGUUGGGGCUUAUUGUUAAAACUGAAAGGAGCUAUGGGGCAGUCAGCUACAGCUCUGGUAUAUGUGUGUCACAGUUCAUAGUCCACACACAUGCAUCAAUCUGACAUCUUUAUCCAGUUAAAACAGACAGUUGUUGGUUGUUUGUCCACUCGGGUGUGUUGUUAAGUGACACUACUGUUCACACUGUUAGUCUUCUUCAAGCUGCAGCUGUAAAGUAUAUUUGUGAUGAAAGAGAAUGUAAAACUGACCAAAUCAAGGCACUCUUUGCUGAAUCUGACAUUCAUAUGGAGUAUCAUUUUUAACCAAAUUAAUCAGUUUCAUUUCUUAAGACAAAACCUUAAAUAUUAUGUCUGUAACUUGUGCUCCCUAAAGAAGAGGAACAAGGUGCGGUGCAUGUUGUAUCUGAUAUCAGGCUGUGCAAGAAUAUAAUGUUCCAUAGAAGAAUGUACCGUGUGAAUCGACUGAAGGGACACUUUAAUGCACUACAGGACUAAAGCAACAGAGUCAGGAACUGGUCACUCCUACGUAACUGUCAUCAUUUGUGUUGAAUAAAGAUUUUUGGUGGUUCUAUAA